AACAAAGAGAAAAUCUUGCAUACACACUCUCUAACUUGAGCUGAGCUUCUUCAACUCCAUGCGUGCAAACACAGCACUUGUUUUUUUUUUUUUUUUUCUCUCUCUCUAAAUCCUCUUUGAUUCUCUCUCUCCAAUCCACCCCUUACUUAAUAUUCUGCUCUUGAGCAGAUUCCCUCCUCUCGCCCACCCCACAACCCAUCUUUCUGCCUUUCUCUUCAUUGCUUUCCAAGCCAAGAAUCUCUACUUUUGAUUCGUCUCUUCCUCUCUUUUUCAACCACUAUUAACUCUUCUCCAAUGCCCCUUCUUCUUCUCAUUUCAUCUCUCUGUCACUUUCAUUCCUCUUCCUCCCUUUUCCCUUCUUCCCUCUCACACAACAUCAUUAUUGCCUUUUCAUCCUUAAUUAUGGCUUCUUCUUCAGAUGUUAACCAUCUUUCACAUCCUUGCAUCUAUGGGGAUUAUAGUUCUUCUCGCUCAGAGAGAAAGUCCGGUUUCAUGAAAUGGCUUAGUAAGCUUUUCAGAGGUGGGUCCAAUAGAGGAAGGGGCUGUCGUCACCUGCAUGAGCCAGCAGAGGAAAGCAUAGUUCGGGGUGCUCCAUCUAGAGCUUUGGAUGAUCGUGGUAGAGCUCAGAAGGAGAAAGAGGAUUUAGGCCAUGCAAUGGCACUUUCUUCAGCCGAAGAUUUAAAGAGACCAAACGGAUAUAAUUGGGGAGAAGACACCGGUGAUGAUUACUCAAAGGCACCUCACGAUACCCUUAACUCAUCUGCACACCCUCCAUUUGCCCCUACACCAUUUUAUCCCCAUCCCCACAAAUAUAGUUUCCCAUUGAACAGAAGAGUAUGUGGUGGCUGCAACCAAGAGAUAAUGUAUGGAAAUUGUUUGGGCUGCAUGGAUACUUAUUUUCACCCAAAUUGUUUUCGCUGUCACUCUUGUGGUUACCCCAUUACCGAGCGCGAGUUUUCCUUGUCAGGGAAGCAUCCAUAUCACAAGUCCUGUUUUAAAGAGCUGACUCAUCCUAAAUGUGAAGUUUGCUUCCAAUUUAUUCCUAUAAAUGCUGCUGGUUUGAUUGAGUAUAGGUGCCACCCCUUUUGGUCGCAAAAGUAUUGUCCAUCUCAUGAGUAUGAUAAUACAGCUCGCUGCUGUAGUUGUGAAAGAUUGGAGCCUCUGAACAUAAAAUACUAUAGACUAGAAGAUGGACGGAGUUUGUGUUUAGAGUGCAUGGAAUCUGCUAUAAUGGAUACCGGUGAUUGCCAACCCCUAUACCAUUCUAUCAGAGACUACUAUGAAGGAAUGCAGAUGAGAAUAGAUCAACAAGUUCCCAUGCUUCUAGUUGAGAGGGAAGCACUGAAUGAAGCUAUUGUAGGGGAGAAAAAUGGUUUUCAUCACUUACCGGAAACAAGAGGUUUAUGCCUUUCAGAAGAGCAGACUGUCACCAGUAUACAUAGAAGACCAAGAAUUGGAGGCCAUCGACUAAUAGGGAUGAGAACUCAACCUCAAAAACUGACUAGAAAAUGUGAAGUCACAGCAAUUCUUGUUCUAUAUGGUCUUCCUAGGUUACUCACAGGUGCAAUACUUGCCCAUGAGUUGAUGCAUGCAUGGCUACGCCUUCAUGGUUAUCGCAACCUUACUCCCGAAGUAGAGGAAGGCAUUUGUCAGGUUCUUUCGUAUAUGUGGCUUGAGUCAGAAGUAAUGCCUAGCUUUCAAAACAUGCCAUCAACAUCCACAAGUGCUGGUUCUUCCUACUCUUCUUCCUCCUCCUCCUCCUCCUCGUCGUCCUCCUCCUCCUCAAAGAAGGGUGCAAAAUCUCAUGUUGAAAAUAAAUUGGGUGAAUUUUUCAAGAAUCAGAUUGCCAAUGAUUCUUCCCCAGCUUAUGGUGGUGGCUUUAGAGCUGCUAAUGAAGCUGUCAAUAAAUAUGGUUUGCGUAGAACACUUGACCAUAUUCAUUGGACUGGUUUUUUCCCAGUGGAAAAAGAACGCAAGUUCUCUAAGUAUGGAUAGAAGAAGUGCUUUGUUUUCAUUUUCUUUGGUUCCACAAGUGGAUAGACCAGGACCGGUUCAAAGUAAAGACAGAAGCUUGGACAACUUCUGAUAUUUGGGUCCUAUGAGGAAGUCCAAAGUCUAAUUUGACAAAACAAUAAAUAUAUGCAUGACAAGUUAGUAUUCAACGAUAGUUUAUUUCCCUUGACCAAAGAAUAAGUAACUGUUAUUUCUUUA